AUGCCAACAGAGCCUGGCCCUGAGUCAGAGGUGAAGAACGCAGCAGAAGUGUCCUCCCAGCAGAAGGGGGCAGCAGCAGGCAUGCAGUACUCUGCUUCAGACGGCAAGAUGGCUAAACAGGACCAGGACUCCAAACUGAUCGACGACCACAGGGAAACAGACGACGUGUCAGAGAAGACCACCCCAUGCAAGACCCCCAAGUCCCCCCAGAAGACUUCCAAACGGCCAAAGACGGUUCCCUUCAAGGUCACCCUACUGGACACCUCUGACUAUGAGGCGGGGAUUGAGAAGCACUGCAAAGGACAGGCCCUGCUGGACAAGGUGUGUGAGCACCUCAACCUCCUGGAGAAGGACUACUUUGGUCUGACAUUCAGCGAGGCGGACAGCCAAAAGAAUUGGUUGGACCCCUCCAAGGAGAUCAAGAAGCAGAUGCGCACUGCUCCCUGGCACUUUGCCUUCUCUGUCAAGUUCUACCCUCCAGACCCCUCCCAGCUCACAGAGGACAUCACCAGGUACUACCUGUGUCUGCAGCUGAGAGAUGACAUGUUGUCAGGUCGUCUGCCCUGUUCCUUCGUGACCCACGCCCUGCUGGGUUCCUACGCCGUGCAGGCCGAGCUGGGAGACUAUGACACCGACGACCAUGGCCCCGACUACGUCAGCGACUUCCGCUUCGCACCCAAUCAGACGCGAGAGCUGGAGGAGAGGGUCAUGGAGCUCCAUCGUAACUACAGGGGUAUGACUCCAGCUGACGCAGAAAUCAACUUCCUGGAAAAUGCUAAGAAGCUAUCCAUGUAUGGGGUGGACCUUCAUCAUGCCAAGGAUUCAGAAGGGAUUGACAUCAUGCUGGGCGUGUGUGCCAACGGGCUCCUGAUCUACCGCGACCGCCUGAGGAUCAACCGCUUCGCCUGGCCAAAGAUCCUUAAGAUUUCCUACAAGAGGAGCAACUUCUACAUCAAGAUCCGGCCUGGAGAGUACGAGCAGUUUGAGAGUACUAUUGGCUUCAAGCUUCCCAACCACCGGGCGGCUAAGAGACUAUGGAAGGUCUGCAUCGAGCACCACACCUUCUUCAGGUUAGUGUCUCCAGAGCCUCCUCCUAAGGGCUUCCUGGUGAUGGGCUCGAAGUUCCGCUACAGUGGGCGAACACAGGCCCAGACCCGGCAGGCCAGUGCCCUUAUAGACCGGCCCGCGCCACACUUCGAACGAUCCACCAGCAAGAGGUACCUGCUGUCCCGCAGUCUGGAUGGAGCAGAGUUCUCCCGGCCAGUGUCGGCCAUGUGUGAGAACCAGGAUGGUCUGUCCCGGCGCUGCGUCAGUGAACACCCCCACCUCCACAGCCCCUCUGGGGACGAACAGGAGACUGAACUGGAACCACCCAGUCUGGAGCAGGACCAAGAGGACCAUGAGGAGGAUCAGGAUGAGGACCGGGAUCCUGAGGAAGACCAGGAUCAAGAGGAGGCGGGUGUCACCACCCCCAGCAAGAAGGAGAUCAAGUUGGACCAGGAGACAACCCCUCGACACAAGGAGUUUUUGGAUAAGUCGGAGGAUGUCUUAUUGAAGCACCAGGCCAGUAUCAAUGAGCUGAAGAAAGCUCUGAGGGGGCCCAACAGCAAGCUGACGAACCGUGAGAAGCGUCUGUCAGGAACGUCCCCAGGCGGCACGCCCGAGAGGAAGGCUGGCUCUGAGGAGUGGGUAUUGAUUGAGAAACAAGACACUUAUCAACAGAACCAUGACUGGAAGGCCGAGGAACAGAACAAAGCUUCCACCUCGCCUCCCCCAUUAGUCCCUGAUUCCUCUUGGGAAAGAAAGAAAGAACUGGAAAAAGAGAGAGAAGUAGCCAAGAUGAUUCAUGUCAAGGCUACAGGGGAAGAUGGGCCAGAAAUGAUAACAUAUAUUGAUAACUUUUCUUUGCCCAAAGCCACAAGGGAAGCCCAUGAUGACUAUUCUGAACCGCGGCUGACUAGCAACAGCCGGUUCAUGGUGGAAUUAGCUGAAACCACUGAAUCUUCUGAUGAUACACAGUGGAAAGUACCUCCAGCAAAUGACUCUGGUGCAAAGAAUGACAUAGUCUCAGACCCAGUAUCAACCCCAGCACCAGUCCCAUUCCGAGACUCUAAGAAGGAUCAUCAACUCAACAGACACAGAAAAAAGAAGAGACCUAAUAGUUUGAACCUGGGAAUGUCAACAGAAUUCAUCUAUGAGAAAGAGGGCGAUGGCUCGAACGGCGAAGAAGACGAUGAGGGAUCAGACUGGGAGGAUAGUCCUACAGAGAAGACAAAGGCGGGACUAAUAGACCACCCUGAAGACAGUACAACGAGAGAGGAGCCAUACGACCAGUGUUGGGGGACGAGUGCACUGAUGAAAGAUGAGGAGAGAUCACCAGAGGCAAAAUGGACGGAGAAAGUGGUGUCUGCCGCUGUGUGUGACGAUAACAAGAAGGACCACAUUACAUCAAUAGGAGAAGACAAGGAGACUCCGGGAAGUGCUGUGGAUGGUCCGGCAGGGUGUGAUGAAAACGACCAGGCUAAAAGCUUCAUCACCGAUGAAGUCCAGCCAGCAGAUGAAGUGCUGGGCUCUGUCAACGGUCCUGAUAACAAAGAAUUGGAUAGUUUAGCAGAACUGGUUAAAGAGUUUGAUCGUAGAGAGAGGAGCAUGACUGACAAUAAAGAACACAUAGCAGAGGUCAAACUGAGGGUGGACAAGACUCAUGAGAGAAAAGCCAGUAACUCUGGGGGGGAGGACAUGGAAGGUCUCAUGUCAGAGGUCAGGGGUCAGAGAAGGUCUUUUCAAAGACUAUCAGGCAGCAGUCAGUCAGAAAUAACUAGGAUCGUUCCUCUCAAACCCGAAAGGUCAAAGAGCUUAGCAUGCAAAGAUGAGCAGGACAAAGGGAGUCAGGAGACUGAUUCUGAGCUGAUUGGAGUUUUUAGAAGAGAGUACAGAUGGUCAGGGGGUUCCUCAGAGGGACCCUCAGACAUCAACCGGAACGACGCACCCACCUUUCAUUCAACAUUCACCCUGCCUACCCUGCCUACAUCAUUCAUAACAACCAACACUAGUCCAGCAAGACGGACUCACUCCCCGACCACGUCACACAGAGAAGCUACACAGGUACAGGGCAGCUUCUGGGGUCUGGAAGGCUUGACGAGAGUCGAGGCUAAAACUGAAGAGCUGGUCCAGGAACAGAUCAGCACUGCCUGUGACGAUCCCUUUCAGGUGGCUAGAGAAGCCAUAGAGAGUCAUCACCUUCUCAGCUUUAAGGUCUCAGUUCCAGCUCAAGCUUCAGCGAUUCCCAGAACAGCUCCUCCUGCCCCUCCAGUGAAAACACGGAAAGCCAGAGAGUCUGGACUCAUACUCCGGAACAUCAACCGCAAUGCUAGCAGGGAGCCUGGCCUGGAUGCUGCCAAGAAGAGACACUCGUCUGUAACCCCCUCUCUCACCCAGAGGGAACACUGGGAGAGAAGGCCUCGGCCGGGCUCCACCUCAGAGGAAGACCACGAGCGUGACACGGUGGUCUUCAUGAAAGAGACCCAGUUGGGCAUUGAGAGGAAGUGCUCCAGCAUGACGGUCAGCUCCACAUCCAGCCUGGAGGCCGAGGUGGACUUCACCGUCAUCAUGGACCUCCACACGGGCGUGGAGGAUUUCUCCAAGGGCCUGUCUGAGCUGGGGGAGAGGGAGUGGUUGCCCGAGGUGGGCCGGGACGACUUUGAGGAGACCUCCAGGUUCUAUUCGGCCCGUCUCAUGGGCUCCCAUGACAUGUCCGCUGUAGAAGAGAUGCCCCUUGUGCACCGUGAGGAACGUGUGCGCCAUGAGGUAGACACAAUGUACCCCGUCCCUGAUCCUUGCCACUCCCCGUCUCCUCCCUCCUGCUGUAAUAUUGACGACCCCCCAGUAGCCAGGAAAGACCCCAGUGCUGUUAGCACUGCCCAGAUGCUGAGGAAGGCCGACACUAAGAUGGAGACACACACCAAUGGGUCAGAGGUCACCAGCACCAACAUCAUGGACAUGUCCGAGCAGCAAAUGGAGGCUGACAUCAACUGUAACGAGACAAAGGUCUCCAGCAGCACUGACGUAGCUAAGCCACCAGAGGGCGACCUGAACCAGGAAGUUGGCAGUAGGAAGGAAGUUCCUCUCCCCAGUAUAGAAAAUGGCUCCCAUGUGAAGGCGGGCACCCUGGGGAGAGAGGCCGUAGUGUCCCCGCUGACUGUCACCGCCGACAAUGUCACCUCAGCAACCACAACUCAAGUUACCAAGACAGUGAAAGGUGGCUACUCCGAGACCAGGAUUGAGAAAAGGAUUAUCAUCACAGGAGAUGAUGACGUGGACCAACAUCAGGCCCUUGCCAUGGCGAUACAGGAGGCCAAGCAGCAACACCCCGACAUGCUGGUGACAAAAGCAGUGGUUGUCAGGGAAACAGAGUCUCCCACUGAGGAGCAACAUAGAAAAUCGGAGUCCUGAUAACUCAUGGUGGUUCCUGGGAGUGGGGACAGGAGCCCAUCAACCCCCUGACUCCCACUCCACUGUUGCAAGAGGACUACAGUAACCUACCCACAGUGUAUACUACAAUACAAUAGACAGCUCUCCUUGAAAUAAUUUCAGUCUCCUCUACAACACCAUACGCCUCCUCUCCUGUCCCUUUAGCCAGAACCGACUGUGACGCCGCCUCUGACCCACCCUCACCCACCAACCACUCUUCCUCUGGAAAAUGCCCUAGAAAAUGCCCAGUGUUUGUACAGUAGACCCCCAUGAGGUCUGACUCAUGUGUUUGUAAAGAAUAGGGCUACAGAUGUAGGAUCUUAAUUGUGUGUGUGUGUCUGUGCGUGUAAUGAAGAUCUUACACCUGUAUUUGGUCGUGAAUAGGGCUGUUUAGCUCUGGGAUCUGUGAGAGAUCAGUAUAAUGGUUCUGGUAUUUUACAUCCCCAGACAGACUCUGUAUGUACAGUACAAACAUAAUGGCAUGUUAAUGGUUCAUCACCCCCCGAUCAGCAUAGUUCAAUUAAAUUAUUAGCGAUCACGAUGUAAUCCACAAAAUAAUCUGAUCGACCUUUCCCCAGAACACAUUGACUUACCUGUAAGUACUGGUAAUUUAUUUUUAAGGAACUCAAUAGCCCACCCCCACAAAUUGCUGUCAUAUAUGGUCACCGUGGAGAUGCCUGCUCUGUGCUGACAUCAUGCAUGAAGCAUGGGGACUGGGUGA